AUGGCUUCCGAGGCGAUAAACACAAAUCCGUAUGGUUACACUCGGCAGCGUAUAAUCAAUUCGAUAUUUUCGAAUAACUACUCUUCCCAACGGCCACUCUUCCUAUCCAACGUUGUCUCUCUCUCUCUCUCUCUCUCUCUCUCUCUCUCUCUCUCUCUCUAUUUAUCUAUCUUUUCGUCGUUCACUCUCUAUUUUCCUUUUCAUAUUUGCUCACCCUCAGCCCUUUCUCCUCCUUUCCGCUAUCUCUCACCCACUCUCUUUCUCGUAAUCUCAUUCUCUCUUUUUAUCUCUGCCGCCAUUUUCCUUCCCCUAUUCCAUCUUCCUCAAUCAUUCUCUUUCUCUCUCUUCUCUCUGUUUUUGCUAUCUCAACCUCCCUCUUCCUUUACCCAGUCCUCCGUCGGUGUUUAUCCUCCUCCUAUUACCCACUUUCUCUUUUCCAUCCAUCCUUCUCUUAACUCUCUCUCUCUUUUUCUCUGUCCUCUCUAUCUCACUCUCCCUCUUCAUUUACCCAGUCUUCCGUCAGCCUUUCUCCUCUUCUCAUUCCAUCCCUUUCCUUCAUCCUUCCCUCAGCUCUCUCUCUCUCUCUCUCUCUCUCUCUCUCUUUCUCUAUUUCUCUUUUUCUCUAUUUCUCUCUCUCCCUAA